GCCGUCUCUACUCCGCGCGUCUUCCGGUCACUCCCGACUCCGGUGCGGUGCGGUGAGCCCCUCGCCGCCCGCCGGCGAUCUCCGUGUACGAGAGGAAAUAAACAGCCAGCCCGCCAACUCUCCCGCACUCCGGCUCGGUAGCGUCUCCCGUUCCCCCUUCAUUUGCUCCAAGCGCUCGCGCUCCUGGCUAGCUGGCCGGCUGGAUCUGAGCCGGCCAGAACCCUAACAACCUAACCCGGCGGUUCUCCAAUCCCGUCCGCAUGGAGCCGGCCGCCAACGGCGACAAGCCCUCCGACGAGCAGCAGCAGUUCGAUCCCAGCCGGAUGAUUGGCAUCAUCAAAAGGAAGGCCUUGAUUAAAGACCUAGCCGCUGCUUACCACGCUGAGUGUGUAGCAUGUUGCAGAGAGCUUCUCGAACUCCAGAGAAAGUGGGAGGAGGAGCAAUGCGUCGAAGCUAAGAUGCCGGAAGUGCCAAAACCACCUUUGACGAAGCCUUCUAAGCGCAGGAGAAGGUAGAACUACCAGGGGAUUAAUCGACGCCUUGACUUAUUUCAAGGGGGGAAAUGAGAAGAAAGAGAAGACACAUGUAAACAUAGUUGACCUCCUCAUACACAGGAAGGAACGAUGAAACACUCUAGUACUGAGAUUCGCCGUCUGUGGGCUGUGGCACAUUCAUUGUCUUAACAUGUGGCACGAGCUAGUAAAAAUGUCUGAGUAAUGUGUGUA